CUGCACCCUGCAGCCCAAACAGUCUUGAUUGCACGCAGCAUUUGUCACAAUAUGCUAAUUGUUCGCUAUCUAAUCGCCUUGGUCUUUUCCAUUUUCAUGGUGGCCACAUCUCUAAAGAUCGAGGAGCGCCACCGGCGGUGCAAUGGCUACAAGAUAUCCACGCCGGAUCGAUUGGUCAUCAAAAUGGAACGACGCGGGGGAAAGUGUGCAACCAAGUUCCUAGAAAAGAGGCGCCUAAAAGUCUAAGCUACCGAAAGAUUGCAAAAAAAACCCCAAAACAGUGAUAAAUUCCUAUGCAAGUCGAUGGAAAAUUAAAGCAUUAAGCCUCAGAGGCAAUGAACCAAUCUAUCAAGAGAAUCUAUUAAAGAGAAUAUUAAAAUUUACUGAGAUCACCUGCUAAGCAAAAAUAUACAACAAGUUAAAAAAUAUUUCACUACGACUGUGUUUUAAAAAUAUACCAUUGCAAGAUUGUAAACUAGUGAUUGGCAACUAUAUAUAAUAUAUAAGUAUACUAUAAACUGCAAUAGUUUUUAAUCAUAUUUCAAAAUAAUUUCGUAUAAGAAUAAAAUGUAUCAAUAGCAAAGCUGAGUGUUUUGAUUGACUUUCAGUAGGAUGAGUAAUACUUAUACCCAGAC